GGCACUCGAUACACAUGGGAGCACUUCUGUGAUAUGACUGACGCAAGUGUCUUGGCACAACAACAAAUAUGGGCAGCUUUGUCUGAUAAGGCUAAGAAUCAAGCAUUCAAUUGCACCAAUGGAGAUGUUUUUACAUGGAAAAGCUUAUGGAAAGUGUUAUGUGAAGUGUUUGAGGUUAAGUUUGUGGAGUUCGAUGAUGAAAUUGCAAAAGGGUUUGAUUUGGUGGAGAUGAUGAAGGAGAAAGGAGGAGUUUGGGAUGAGAUUGUGGAGAAACAUGGACUCUUUAAGACCAAAUUGGAGGAGAUAACUUGUUUUGAUGCUCUAAAAAUUGUGAUGAAUUUUGAUUUUCAACAUGUUUGUAGCAUGAAUAAGAGUAGAGAAUUUGGGUUUCAUGGCUUUGCUGAUACAUUCAAGAGUAUUAGAAUGUGGGUGGAGAGACUGAGAGACAUGAAAAUUAUACCAUGAAAGGCAAGAAUAUUAUUUGGGGGCAAUUGAUAUGAGAUAUUUGUAGAAUAUAUACUCUAAAAUAAAUGGAUGAAUUCAUGAUGUGGGGUACACAUCAACUAUGGAUUUUGAUCCUUUGUUCAUUUAACUUUCGAAGUAUCUAAAAUUAGAUGACAUUUUUAUUAUU